UAUGGCCUGGUUUUGUGGGGCCAGGGUCAACCCCCAUUCUGAUCCUGAGUGAUAAGGAGAAUGGCGAUAAUGACAGGAGUGACACAAUGGCAGAGUGGAGAACACAGAUUUCUUCAGGCCUAGGCCUGCAGAAAGCCAUCAGAAUGAACAAAGUCUUUCAACCAUGCAGAAAGCCAGUUUUAAUACAGAUCAGGAACAACCUAAACAGUGGCAGUUCAAGCUCCCCUCACAUCCUUCCACCUGCUUGCCUCAAGACUGAUCCAAAGGACUACUUCUAGGGUGAACAGGUUUCAUUCCCCUUCACCAAUACUUCAAGGCACGGAGGAGUUGGUACAGGCAUUGCCAUGAAACCUAACUUGAAGCAAUGGAAACAACUAAUGCUGUUUGGGCUAUUUGCAUGGGGUCUCCUCUUCUUGGUGAUCUUCAUCUAUUUUACAGAUAGCAACACUGCUGAACCAGUUCCAAGUUCCUUCUCUUACAUUGAGACGAAGAGGCUCCUGCCCAUUCAGGGCAAGCAGAGAGUUAUUAUGGGAGCAAUACAUGAUCCAUCAUCCUCUGAAACCAUAGAUAGGAACGAGGUGCUUCUUAAUGAAGAUUUCUUAGAUUCAUUUAAAUUGGGGACCGGAAGCAUUAAAAAGUGGAUUGAUCUAGAGGAUGGCUUUGAAAAUGAAGAAGAGUUUUUUUCUUCCCAGGUAGGGAGAAAAUCAAAAAAUGCUUUCUAUCAAGGGGAUGACAACUAUUUAUUUGCUGCUGGCCAGCCUCAGCAACACAGCAACAUUCAAGAGCUAGUGAAAUUCAUCUCUCCCAAUGAGGAUGAUCAGAGGGAAAAUGUUUUACAGGAAAAAUGGACCCAUGAGAAAAGAACAAAGAAAAGAAACCAGAUACGCAGGAGAAGCCAGCUAUUUGAUGAGUCUGAUGAUUGGGAUGGGUUAUCUUCUACAAUGUCAAAAUCCUUCCUUUAUAGGCUUUGGAAAGGGGAUGUCUCCUCCAAGAUGCUGAACCCUCGCCUGCAGAAAGCUAUGAAAGACUAUCUCAACACCAACAAGCAUGGGGUGCGGUUCAAAGGGAAACGAAACUCCAGACUGACAGGAGACCAGCUCAUCUGUGAGCUCAAGGACAGGAUGCAUGUGAAAACAAUAGAUGGCAAGGAGGCCCCCUUUUCAGCUCUUGGAUGGGAAAAGCACGUUCCUCAAAUUCCACUAGGCAAACUGUAUCCACAUGGCUUUGGAAGCUGUGCCGUAGUUAUGUCUGCUGGUGCAAUACUGAACUCUUCUCUAGGGGAUGAAAUAGAUUCUCAUGAUGCAGUUCUGAGAUUUAAUUCUGCUCCUACACGUGGCUAUGAAAAAGAUGUUGGAAAUAAAACGACCGUGCGCAUCAUUAACUCCCAGAUUCUCACCAAUCCAAACCAUCACUUCAUUGACAGUUCAUUAUAUAAAGAUGUUAUUUUAGUGGCCUGGGAUCCUGCUCCUUACUCUGCAAAUCUGAAUGUGUGGUAUAAGAAGCCAGACUAUAACCUGUUCACACCUUACGUGCAACAUCGCAGGAGGAAUCCAAACCAGCCAUUUUACAUUCUCCAUCCCAAGUUUAUAUGGCAGCUCUGGGACAUCAUUCAGGAGAACACUAAAGAGAAGAUACAGCCCAACCCACCUUCAUCAGGUUUCAUUGGGAUCCUCAUCAUGAUGUCCAUGUGUAACGAAGUGCACGUGUAUGAAUACAUCCCUUCAGUCCGACAAACUGACCUUUGUCACUACCAUGAACUAUACUAUGAUGCCGCUUGUACCUUAGGGGCUUACCAUCCACUACUGUAUGAGAAACUGCUGGUGCAGAGGAUGAACAAAGGUUUGCAGGAUGAUCUGUAUCGGAAGGGGAAAGUAAUCUUGCCAGGGUUCAGGUCUGUAAAGUGCCCGGGACAGAAUCACUUCCCACACUUGUAAAAGUGAAUAGUUCAGAAACAAUGUGCAAUAAGGUACUACUGUCGUACUAUAAACAACAAAGGAAUACUUGAAAAUGUAUCUUAGACCAACCUAGUCUUGAGUCUAUAAACUGUAAUUAAGUAGCAGGCAUGAGAUUUUCUUCCUUCCUAAGCCUGAGUAUGUAUAACUGCUUUGCAAAUAGUUAAAGAAAAAAAGCUUUGCUUGUGAAAGGUGCAAAGGCACUGUUAAGUAGAAAUACAAUGUAUUAUUGUGGGCAUGACCUGUCAGAAAACAUCAGAGGUACAGGUGCCACAUGUACUAGAUGCCACACUUAAAAAAAAAAAAAAAAAACAACUUAACACAGAGCUGUCUGCUGAGAGAUGGAUGAUUUCUCAUCAUAUCACAGGAUUUUCACAUUCCUUCACCCCCAAAAUAAAAUAAUCAUGGUUUUGAACUGGGUAUGCUAUGAGUAUAAUGAGCCUGAUUCUCAUUUAUACAAAGGUCCCUUUACUCCAUUCUGACAAGGUAAACAGGCUUUAAAGUGAAUGUAAAUGACCAAUGUAAAGGGACCUUCCUAAAUGAGAAUCAGGCGCAAUAGCUAGUCAUUGUAUUAAGGUAGUUUCUGCAGCCAGAAAUUAACAAGUGAUAUUUACUCACUUUUAAAUGGAUAUUACUGUACACACAGCCAGGUUAUUUAAAUAAAGAUAGUAUGACUGCACAUAUCUGUCAUGGUCCAUGCAGAUGCUGCAUUCAGGCAAAGGGUGAAGAGAAGAGAAUCUUCUUUCUUCAGAAAGCACUCAUUCUGCCCUCAUUCAGCUUGAGUAGAAGACCAGCAAGAGGGCAUAAGUGAGACUGAAUGGUGCAUGGGCUUUCUGCCUGGGGGCAGUUUUCCCCUUUUGCACAUAUGUAGAUAUACACUCCCGGGGAAUGGAGACAAUGUGCUCUGCUUGCACACAUACAUUUGAAAGCAAGUUGUAAAAAACAGAUUUCUUACAGGGACAUUAUUCAAAAAGUGUAGGCCUGCCUUUUCCAAGGAGAUAAGCAUUUUGGCUGGGGAGAUUUCAGAAAUUAGUUGGUUGCCUAUUUUGUUGUAAGCCAAGUUAAAUUCAUUUAUUAUUACUUUUUUAAAAAGCACGGCAUUUUUUUUUUGUUUUUGUGAGGAAAAACAGGAUGUCAGUAUUUUUUUAAUUCAAAAUUAUGAAGUCUGUAUCCUGGAGACAUUGUAAAGCCUUCAAAAAUCUUACUAUGGCUUACACACUGAGACAAUCUCAUAAUUUCAUUGUAAAAACACAGCAUGGAUAUUCUCUAAACCACUUCUAAAAUCCACUGGGAUGUUAAUGCAUUUAAAAUAUGUUUUCUCUGACAAGAGUUCAGUUUCAGGCUGGAGGUAGGUUAAUGUUCUUGUUUGCUUUUUAAAAUUUGGUUUUGCAGUGAGCAAAAUUCAGCAGGAGCAAUUACAUACAAGAAAUCAUACAUAUCCUAUCCAUAUCCAUUCAGCAAAAAGGUGAUUGGCUGGUAGAAACACUGUUAUUAAAACAGUGGAGGGGAAAAGCAUAUUUCGCUAUUGGCUACUGAGAGAUAGCUGGCUAUGGAGAAAACCAUGUUAAUGUAUUUUCUGUCAUCUUUCUUUUUAAAAAUCAGUGAUUUUCAAUCUUUCUUUUUUGGA